AUGGCCAAUCCGGCGAUGUCGGAUCGGGGUGCUUUGAAUUUUCUGAAGUACCUCGGCCAAGCGAACAAAAAUGUCAUACGGGACCCCGAAAUAUGGUGGUACGACCGUAGAAAACAACUGGAGUGGGCUCUGAAAACCGACCGGAGCUUGUGUAGAGAAUACGGUCACUGGACUUGGAUCUUCAAAACAAUUGGGUCUACCCCCCUCCAUGAAAGCUGGUUCGGCACGUCACGGUCGGAAAUGGCAAACUUCCCUCGAAUAAGCUCCCUGAAUACAAACUUCCUACCUCCAUGGCUAAUUCUGAUAAUGCCUACUCUCCGGAAAUUCCACAUCAAGACUACGUCUCUUGAUCACCUCAUCCAGUAUGGUCUCUGUAGGGAUAAUGAUCCUUAUAUCUGGACGCGCAACUGGUGGGAACCAAAUCAGGAGGCCCAAGACGAUGCGAAGUAUCUGUUCAAUAUGAAUAUGCUAUAA